CAACCUACAGCCCUAGAGGCCACUGGGGCCAGUGACCCAUUCUCACCCAUCACAGACCCAGGGCCAGUCUCCAUGCCACACUUGUUUGACCAGGCCAAGGCAAUAUUGCAGGGCCACAUCAACUUCAAAUGUGGGCAGAUUCACCAGGGCAAGGUCCCUGCUUGUGUAUAUAGCUCUUGGCAGUGCAUAAUUCCUGGGGACCUGCAAGUGGCUCCCUUCACCUGCAUCCCAGAAAGCAAGCCCUUGGAGCUACAGGCAGCAACUGACCCUGCCCUAAAACAAAAAGCUGUGCCCUGGAUACCAAUGGCCCUUGAUCAACAGCAACAAGCCUCACCAGAUGCUGUCACUGAACACACUAAGCUGUCCCAAGCCCUGUCCGAGGGAGCCAUUGAGAAACUGGAGACAACUUUGCGGCACAAGUACCUGGCCUUCUUGUCAGGGCUGCCUGCUCUUUAUUAUGUGGCUCUCUCUAGGGCCAUGGCACCGGCAAUCUCUACCCAAGCUGUAAUCGCAGGAAUGGUGCCUGGGCCUGGUGAAUUCCCAAGUGAACCUCUGACUCAGAUGAUCUCAUCUGAAGAGCGGUGUCUGAGUCCUGGGCCAUGCUUUCAAGAUGCCAACGAGACUUGUGCAGACAUUGAAGAUGAGCUCCAGGUUGAAGAGCAGGUGGAAGAAAUGAUCAAGACGGUGCCUCUAGAAAGCCAGGCAGAGGCCUCUGGGCCCUACACCCUCAAGAAACCCAUUUUAGCCAAACUAAAUUUCCAUCUAAGAAAGAAGAUCCUAGAGAUACAACUGGGAAUUCCCAUAAAGGCAAGGUUGUCCAGAGAACAAACUGUAGCAACCCCAGACAACACAUCCACACAGGAGUCUCUAGGGAGUCUAAACAACCAAGGAAAAACAUGGCUCCAGGAUCUCCCCAUCCCACCAGACACUCCUCAUGUCCCAGAUCCAGAAUGGCUCCACCUUAAAGAACAGCUGGCCCUUGAGUUAAAGGCAGUGCAGCAGAACCAGAAGCAACCUAGUUCAAGACCAAUACCUCAUGGUUCUGCCCACUGGACCUCACAACCCAGUGGGGACAUGACAGAGGCCCAGGUGCUUUGUGUUCACUUGGAGGCCAAUGUGAACAGCCCCAGCCUGGAGGAGCCCUGGAGCCCUGAGCCCCAAAGCCCUGGCCACAGCAAGGACUCAGCCCAAGUCCCCAUGCUGUCAGAAAAGAGAGAGGACCCAGGGAAACCCAAAUUGGCAGGGGACCACGGAGAAGGGGAUGCAGGGUUUGCACACUCCUCUACAAGAGACAUAAGCCUCCCUGAUGAAGCCCAGAGGCCAAAAGGGAUACUUCUGAACAGGACGCCCCAUAGCCCCUGGCGACGGAGCCAUAGCUUUCCUCUUGAUGCUCCCUGUGAGCACAGUACCCGGCAUCACCCUCAGAUGAAGCUUCCAGAGCCACCUCCAGGAAUCCCUGGGGUGAAGGUAUCUGAGAAGAAUGACCUGCACAGCAGUCAAACCAAGCUUAAUGUCAUCCUCAAACCAGCAAGGAUUCCUAAGAAUGCCCUACCUGUGGUGCCCCAGGCAUCACAGGGCCAGCUUUUCCUGGGCCAACUCAUUCACAGUAAGCCUUUGCGGGACCAAACUCUGAAAGGUCAGGUUUUGCAGGGACAGGUGAUGCCAGUCCAUACCCACAAGAGGCCCAGCCUUCCAGAAUCAGGCUUGAGAAGUAAGAUGAAAUCCUUUCUGCACUGUUUUAACUCCAAGGCAAAAGGCAAAGUGCAUGAGGAAUCCAUGUUCUCUAUAGCUGGGAAAGUGGCCAACACCAGAAAAGAAAAUGUAGAAAAGGGCCUGGCUCCAGCCAAAAGUCCCAUGGAGCGAACCAAGACAGAGAGGAUAAGAGGGGACUCCAAGGCCCGAUCUUCCCCCACUGAGAAGCAGGUGGGCCUGGCCUUCUUGGAUGGUCCCCAUUCCCCAGACAGUAAGCUCCGGCACCGCUCCCACUCUCACCAACUCCAUUCUGCCUCAGUCCUGGGCCACCCCCACCACUGCCCUCGGCACUGUCCUCGAGUGGCUUGUGCCACCCAACCAAGGAAUGUACCCUGGAUCUCACCUCUCACCUCAGAGGGAAACGGUCUGCUCAAGAAGACCCAACACAGUCAAAAGACUUGGUAGGCUCCCCCAACAUCUGUGUCCCUUGAAGAGGACUGCUACUGUCAUUUUCAUUAGUGUGCAGGUGGGGCAGAGUGCCCCCCAAAAUACACUCUAUGUCUCUA